AUAGGUGGGGCUGUGUGAGGCAGGAGCGAGCUCCGGCCCCUGGGGCUGCGCACGGAGGGCACACGGCAUGGGCCCGGCGGACCUGGGGUGCCCGGGCCUCUCACCUGUGAGAACUGAGGGCGGGGGUCGCAUUCCGAGGCCGCCCCCCGCCCAGCCCCAGCGUCCAGUCGGCCACAGACGGGCGGCUGCCGUGGCCCCACUGCGCGGGCGGGCAGACCGAGGCCCGGCCCGGCCCCGCCGCCUUCCCCGCCCCCGGCGCGCCCCUCCCCGGCCGCCGCGUCUGCGGCUGGGCCGCACAGCGCCCGCCUUGGGGUUCCGGCGGCAGCACCUGGGCCGCGGCUGGCGUCCGGCGGGGGCACGCUGCCUGCCCCCUUCCGCCAUGAGCUCGGCCGGCGCCGCGGACGCCCUGCCGGCGGGCAGGACUCCUGUGAGCAGCCUCCAUGAGGCCCUGGACCAGUGUAUGACUGCCCUGGACCUCUUCCUCACCAACCAGUUCUCAGAAGCACUCAGCUACCUCAAGCCCAGAACCAAGGAGAGCAUGUACCACUCGCUGACAUAUGCCACCAUCCUGGAGAUGCAGGCCAUGAUGACUUUUGACCCUCAGGACAUCCUGCUUGCUGGCAACAUGAUGAAGGAGGCGCAGACGCUGUGUCAGAGGCACCGGAAGAAGUCCUCUGUAACAGAUUCCUUUAGCAACCUGGUGCAUCGCCCCACUAUGGACCAAUUCACGGAAGAGGAAAUCCAUGCUGAAGUCUGCUAUGCAGAGUGCCUGCUGCAGAGAGCAGCUCUGACCUUUCUACAGGAUGAGAACAUGGUGAGCUUCAUCAAGGGCGGCAUCAAAGUUCGAAACAGCUACCAGACCUACAAGGAGCUGGACAGCCUCGUGCAGUCCUCACAAUACUGUAAGGGAGAGAACCACAGGCAUUUUGAAGGAGGGGUGAAGCUCGGCGUGGGAGCCUUCAACCUGACGCUGUCCAUGCUUCCUACCAGGAUCCUGCGGCUGCUGGAGUUUGUGGGGUUUUCAGGAAACAAGGACUACGGGCUGCUGCAGCUGGAGGAGGGCGCAUCCGGGCACAGCUUCCGUGCUGUGCUCUGUGUCAUGCUGCUGCUUUGCUACCACACCUUCCUCACCUUUGUGCUCGGUACUGGGAAUGUGAACAUUGAGGAGGCAGAGAAGCUCCUGAACCCCUACCUGAAGCGAUAUCCUAAGGGCGCCAUCUUCCUGUUCUUUGCGGGGCGGAUUGAAGCCAUUAAAGGCAAUGUUGACACAGCCAUCCAGCGGUUCGAGGAGUGCUGUGAGGCCCAGCAGCACUGGAAGCAGUUCCACCACAUGUGUUACUGGGAGCUGAUGUGGUGCUUCACCUACAAGGGCCAGUGGAAGAUGGCCUACUUCUAUGCCGACCUGCUCAGCAAGGAGAACUCCUGGUCUAAGGCCACCUACAUCUACAUGAAGGCCGCCUACCUCAGCAUGUUUGGGAAGGAGGAUUACAAGCCGUUCGGGGAUGAUGAAGUGGAGUUGUUUAGAGCAGUGCCAGGCUUGAAGCUCAAGAUUGCUGGGAAAUCUCUACCUACAGAGAAGUUUGCCAUCCGGAAGUCCAGACGCUACCUCUCUCCCAAACCAAUCUCGUUGCCAAUCCCUGCUCUGCUGGGGAAACCAAGGCUCCACUGGGGAGGAAACCUGACUGACUUGCUCCCCUACCCUCAGGAAAUGAUGUACAUUUGGAAUGGCUACGCUGUGAUUGGGAAGCAGCCUGAACUCACAGAUGGGAUACUUGAGAUUAUCACCAAAGCUGAAGAGACGCUGGAAAAGGGCCCAGAGAAUGAGUACUCAGUGGAUGAUGAAUGCUUGGUGAAGUUGCUGAAAGGCCUCUGUCUGAAAUACCUAGGCCGUGUUCAGGAGGCUGAGGAGAACUUCAGGAGCAUUUCUUCCAAUGAAAAGAAGAUUAAGUAUGACCACUACUUGAUCCCAAAUGCCCUGCUGGAGCUGGCCCUGCUAUUCAUGGAGCAAGGCAGAAACGAAGAGGCUGUCAAACUCUUGGAAACUGCCAAGCAAAACUACAAGAAUUACUCCAUGGAGUCAAGGACACAUUUUAGAAUCCAGGCAGCUAUACUCCAAGCCAAGUCUUCCCUAGAGAAUGGCAACAGAUCCAUGGUCUCAUCAGUGUCCUUAUAGUUUUAUGCAGCACUCCCAGGCUGGAAGACAGCUGGACAGAGCUGGAAACAUUUCAAAAAGAUCCCCUCCCCCUGCCCUGCCUUCGGGGUCCACCGGUGCUCCAGUGGGAUGGCACAACAUUUGUAUUCAUGCAGAAGAGAAGUCGGCAUUUUCACCAGUGUGGCCAAGGGCCUUUACCAAGGACAGAGCAGGUGGAGCCCUCUGCCUGCCCUAUCACACAUACGGGUACUUGUUUUUCACUGUGAUGUUUAAGAGAAUGUAUGAAGAGUUUACAUGUUAGAAAUACAUUAAUGGUAUCACAGUUGGCUUAAAAAAAAAAAGUAACCAACCACCUGUAAAUCUGUUUUAACCCAUUCUAAUCUGGAGGUAAAUCUAUGAUGUCCAAGACCAAAUUGCUUUUCAAAAUUCAGCAAGGUCUCAGCUUCCAGGGCUGAAAGGACCCUUCGGAGGGUCUGUACCUCAAAAGCUUCAAAGCUUCUGAGGGGUGGGCAUAGAGGUUGCAUACAGACACCCUCUACCUUACGUCUUACACUUCAUUUUCAUUCCCUUAGUAACUCUCCAAUUAAAAAAAAUGAAAGCUGUCUCACUAAAAAGACAUGUGAGUCCAUCUGUAGGAAAAAAAUAUAUUAAUAUUCACCAGUAAGAAAUAGGGGUUGCCCAGGGGGGAUGGAAGGGGAGCUGUGUGGCCCUUCUGUCGGGGGGAGGUUCUCAGACACAAGUCUGCAUCCUCACUGUAUGCCAAACUGAAACAACUGGGAAUAAUUUACGAAACAAAAAUCUUCUGUAUUUCACUCCAAGGUACAUUUAUUUACUGACAGCAUUUUUCUUAGAAUGGUUAUUCUUGGCCUGUUGUAUAUGUUUUAGAUUUUUUUAGUAAGAGAAAAAAGAUAUUUAAUAAAACUUACACAACUUAAGAGAUCAUGCAACAUCUAUUUCAGUAAAAUAUGUUGCUUGAAUUCUUGGGCAAGGCAGAAAGUCUCGAUCAGAAGCCAUGUGGCCCAGGUCUGUUUUAUUUAUACAACAUGUCUAAAAUGUUUUAGAGUAAGUUAUUAACAUUUAAGAAUGGGGAGAUUUCACUAAAAAUCUGGUUUCUGGCCUCUUAUUUAAAAAGAAAAUCCAAUCUAGCAAUACUGGGCUCAUCCCUAUAAGAAAAUAAGGCAACAAUCAGUUGGAACUGAGUAGGGACUGCUUUAAACACUUAUAUUACCCUUCUGGCCCCUAAAAUCAUCUGAAUUUUCAAACUCUGGGACUGUUACAGGGAGAAUUCAAGUUUAGUGACCAACACCAAGUUUUACUAUUCACAAGCUAAUGACAGCAUACUUCAACUUAACCAUUUCCCUGGAGGGAAAAAUCAUGUACACAGUAAAAAUAUUCAUCUGUGAAACGUGACUCCUCAAAUACAUGAUGAAUGCAAUUUCUGUAAGGGAGAAACCACAGAGCUUUUCCAAUCUUCCAGCAUUGCUGGAUUUUUAGUAAACACUUAACACUUGCCAGGGGCAGGUUAACAUACAGCCAACCAGUCUUCUGUGACUAAUACGAAUGAAGUCCUAGGUUUUAAGCAAAGCAGAUUCUCAUUAGGAAAACAAAGCAGAAAAACCCUCAUUCAAGAUCAUCUUGCAGCACUUAGUACUGUCAAAGCAGAAAUGUCAUGAAAACUCUCAUUUUGUUAGAACUAGACACAAGAAUGCUCUACACCAAGACCAAGUCCUUUGUAGGUUCUCUCCUCCACAGCCUGGAUUCUGGGAGACCAGCCUAUUUCUAGGUUGUUAGGGCAGGGUGAGAGGGGUGGCUACAACCAGGCUACUGAAUGAGGGUGGCCUUUUGUGGUUCCCUCACAUAUUAGAACACUAAUACUACUGUAUAAAAAGAAAACAGCACUGGUCACAGAAUACCAAGCACAGUUGGCAAAAAUUGCAGUUAAAAACAAAACAAAAACUUUUCAUUUUAGGCACUUUUAUUUUUUUUUAAAUUUAUGCCAGGAUGUUUUUCUUGUCAAUGUUAUUACUGAUUUCCUGCUGAGCUUCAUUAGUUAGCCUACAUCACCUUAUCUCUGUUGCCACGGCUGCAGUCUAGUAAGUGAAAUCAGUGGGUUUUGUCUCCCUUAUGCCCCCUGCGGCUUGAGAUAGUCUAUUAAAAACAUGUUUGGGGAGUAGGGUGAAAACAUCAGGUGUCUAAUACCAUAUCCUUGUACAGAGGCUUUGAAGGUGAAAAUUCUGUCCUGGGCAUCUCAUUCUGUCUUAUUUGAGCCAUUUCUGGUUGGUGUUUCUCUAAGUAGUGCAGCUUUCCAGCACAUCUGCCCUGGAGAGGCAGACAUCAGGUGGAGAAUUCUGGCCGAGAAGGAGACCUCAAUUCUAGUCCCUGGAUUGCUACCAAUUUUCAGAGUGACCUUGGGAAGUCAUGGAUCCUCUAAUAAUUAGUAAUUUGCACUAGAUUAAGGCUCUUUCCUGCUGUCAACAGUACUCUGGUCAAGUACAUUUUGGCUUUUCAUCUCCAAAAUGAGGCAAGAUAUAUACCUCCCUAUCCUUUGCCAAAGCCUUGUAUCCCCAAGCAACUUAACCAGGAAUGACUGGCUUUCUCAAAGACCUCUGUAAUAGCCCAGCUCACUUAGAGAGCAAAUAAUCUUUAUUUUGGGAAAACCUAAAUCCUGUUACACAAAGGAACUCCAUUGUUAGGAAGUAGUAACUGUUUAAUAUGAUCUAAACAGGCCCCUGGGAAUGGAAAGUCUACCUCUGCCUCUCACUGGUCAUAGGCCCUUGGACUGGCAAAGUGGCUUCCAGCAGUAUGCUGGUCCCUAUCAGCUCUCCCAUGUGUUGGCAGGAUUCCUUAAUCCUUAUCUCUCAAGUCCGAAUGGGAAUGUUUCCAAGACAGCUUUCGUCAUUCACAGCAAAAAGUCAUAACCUGACAGCAAAGCCAGGACCCUUAAAAGGCCAAUGCCAACCCAAGACUUGGCUGAGGCCCAGGUGGAAGAGUCCCAGCAACUGAAGAAUAGUACCCAGGAGGUUUUCAGAAAGCCUCGGCCUGCUGAGUGCUAGAAUCAAAGAAAAAAACAUCCAGAGAGUUCUCUGGAGUUACUCCUAAGUUUCUUAGAUCAUGGUGAGUAGACAAGUCUUUUCCUUUGCUUUAAAUUUAAAGCGUUAAUAGUGUGCCUUUUCAACAACUGUCUAUAUCCUUAGCACCAUCAUACUAAUUCACUGUAAAUGAGAGGUACCUGGAUACCAGGCAAAAAACGGAACUUCUCUCACACACACACCUCUCAGAUGCAGCUUUCCAAGGUUGGAAAAUGCCUUUCUGUUUAGGUUAGCAAAGCUUUUUUGAAAUCUAGGGCCUUGAGAAAUUCAUUUCUAAAUGAGCAAUCUAUGAAUUGCUUCUACUGUAUAAAGCCAACUGUUAAGUGACAAAAUACAGUAGAGCCCUUCCUUUGGGAAGACAGUUAUUGAAGGUUGCUAUGGACUUCUAAAAGUUGACAUUCAAGUUUAAUCAGACAAACCACACACAGGCAAUACCUCACAAUUGACUGGAUUGGGUUUUGUUUUCCUCACAUCAUUAGCAAACUGGUCAGAACACCAGAUACCAUAUGCUCUGGGAAGAAUAACAGCUAAUAUCAAGUGCUUGCUAUUUACCAGUUGCUAGUCUAAGCACUUUACCUGUAUCUGAUCCUCAUAACCACCCUAUGAUAAGGGGCUAUUACUGCCAUUUUACAGAUGGGACAAUUGAGACACAGAUUAAAUAGCUUGCCCACAAUCACACAGGUAUUAUACAAUAGAAAGAUCUAAAACCAGGCAGUUGAAUUCUAAAGCCCAUCCUUUGCUGAACUGCUGGUCAAACUGUAAAAUUAUCAGUUUAAAGCUGGGUCUGACUUAUAUGGGCCCCUGGGCCACUAUUAAGGGUGGAAAAAGUACUGGAUAAUAGCUCAAACACCAGAAUCCUUGGCUUGAACACAUGGAGCAUUUUGUCUAUGUGACAUGGUUCUGGAACUGGCAGAAUGUAGCCUAUUACCACACCUCUAGAAUGGACAGUGCCAGAGGCCAAUCUCAAUGGUUUCUUUUUCCUAAGUCUUUCUGAUAGCAUAAUCCAGGUUUCCCAAUUUACACAAUGCCUAAAACUUGCUUUUGGAAUGCCUAGAUUAAGUACUAUGAGGCUGAUUGAGAAAUGGGGUUCAUUACUUUUUCAAAAUCAACCAAAUCUCACGGUUCAUCACUAGGACCAGACUCUUGAGACAAACCCUCAUUUACCUUUUCAACUUUUUCUCAAGGCCAAGACAUCUGGAGCCUACAAGCCCUGAUGUUACAGAAGGGGUCCAAACCAAACAGGUCCUGUUCCUCCUUUGAUCACAAUCAGUUUCAGAUGCUUAAAGUCUAUACCUUACUCAUAAUGCUGUUUCGUUCAUAUGCAGAGAAAAACAAACUUUGUGGAGGCAUCCAAAGAUGACUAAAUCUUCCAGUGGACAAAAACUUUUCUCAAGAAAAAAAAAAAAUGUAAAGGAAAGUUAGUAUCUCAAAGUUGCCUUAAAGACUUUAUAAAAACAAUAAAUGGUUUUAGUCUAUCAGCAACAUUAAUCAGAUGGCUCCUGAACUAAUGCCUAUUGCUCAGAGUGAUAAAGCAAAAAACAAUGUGGACAAUUAAGCAGAUAAAUCCAAAUCCCUUUUGUACAAUUUUGGUGAAGCACCUAUCAACAAUUUUAUGGAUCAGGAAAUGGGUGUGAAGGGAUUCGUGGAUUAUCUACUUGCUAAAAAGCAAGGAAAAUAGCCAAAGGACAAACGGAAAAGCAAAGUAUGGUUACUAUCUGGACAAUCAACUUCUGAAUAAUCAGUGAGUACCCAGUUGUGCUGUUAUUUUUAAAACUACCACUAUAUAAUUUAUAAAAAGACUGGGUAGAAUUAAGUGGGCUAAUUUUUUUUUAAAUUUUUUGGUGGGAUGUUUUUAUUAGAUCCAUAGGCUCUCAGAAAACAAUUUACGAAGUAUAUUUAAAUUAAUAUUGCCAAAAUAUAUGUGCCUCAUUCAUUUACUAACAUCUAUAUAUCAUUUUAAUACAAGCCUUAAUGUGUUAUAGGAUCUUUAAAAAAAAUCAUUUUUCUCCAGUAAAAAUACUUUGUGCAGAGCUAAUAAAUAGUCCAAUUAACUUCCCCUAAAUACAUAAAAUUAACUUACUCUAGCUUUCAAACCACUUAGAAAAAGUACUAUUUUGAGAUGUUUGUUAUAAAAUCAUUUACAGUUAUUCCAUUAAAUCCUUAUGUUUCGCUUGAAUUACUACUAACAAAAGCCCUAAAUCUGAAUUGUGAGCAUUACACCAAUGCCUGACCAUAGGCAAAUACAUUUUUUUUUUUUUAAUUUUUAAAUGCUUGAGAGAGCAGAGGAGAGGGAGAAAGGGAGAGAGAGAAUCCCAAACAGGCUCCCCUCUGCCAGCAGAGUUCAACAUGGGCUCUAUCUCACCAAUUGUGAGGUCAUGACGUGAGCCAAAAUCAAGAGCUGGAUACUCAACCAACUAAACCACCCAGGCACCCCACGUGUUUUGACAUAUACAGAACUAAGAAAAAAUCAUUUCAGAGACCAUUUUUAAUGGCUCUCAGGAAAAUCACAUCUAAUAGUAGGUCAAUCACUAUAUUCAAAGCAACAAUGAAAAUCUCCUAAUUGGACAUUUUACUCUAUAUUUUAAACAAGCAUUUAUUAGGCAACUAGAUUUGUGUAUGUCUUCAAGGAAAAAAAAUGUUUUUAAAGAGAUGAAUGGAUAGAUCCAAUCUCCUAACAGGCAGGCUAGCCUAUAGUUUAUUGAUUCAUUUCUGAAGGAAGCAGGAACAUCAAGUAGCCUUCAUGAAUAAAAGAGGUAUGAAAUUGAUGGAAUUGAGACCUCAAUGGCAAAAAAUUUAGAACUAAGACCAAAAGGGAAGAAAUUAGAAGGAAUUUAGCUAAGUCCUCAAAGGGUUAAUAUAAAUGCUGUCAGGAAGACAGCUCUGGGUGCUAAUGGCUCUUAUACCCACGCUUCCCAUGAGGGGGACAUCCUCAACCAGGUCUGUGGCUUUUUGAAGAGUGUAAGAUUAGAGUAAGGGAGCUGCACAGAGGGUACAGAAAGAGGAGGUUAUAAUCAUCUUUCUCCCACCCAGAAAAAGGAGCAGAUGAUCUUUAUAUUCAGUGAGUAACUUUAAAAAUAUUUGAAGAUAGUAACCAAUCCAACUUCUCUCAUGUCCACUAAUUUCAAAAUUAAAGGCUCACCAAAUUAGUUGGGGUUACUACAGUGGCCACUGUGCCCUUACAUGCAAGUGUAAUCAAUUGGCUAUGGGAAACUGCUAUAAUGCCUUUGUAAGCAGAGGUAACCAAACUGCCUACAUUUCUAAAUUAUGCCAAAGAAACUUACCUUCUUUACUAUUUACCAUUUCAGUCUCGGGAGUAUACACAGGUCUGCUCUUGACUAUUGUUAUUCCUUUUGUAAAAUGCAUGCUUCCUUAUGAGAUUUGUGGUACGCAAAGAACUUGUCACCUCAAUGCUCACUGUAUUCUGUAAAAUCAUACUGGUUUAUAUCACACAGGAGACACGAACAGUAAGGGGAAUCUUCUCCUGGUUUAAGAAAUUUCCUAUAAAGAACACUCAGAAUUGAAAAAGUUUUUGUUUACCCAACUACACAAGUAUUUGAAAGUAAUACAACUUGUUGUGUUUACACUUAAAAGGGUAAGAAUCUUACUUUUUCCUGAUCAGGCUUUUCAGAUAUUUCAAAUCCUAUAGCCAACCCUGGACACAUCUUGCCUAAAUCUAAAUGCUGUACCUAUUAUUUCUAGCUAUAGAAAAUUGGAAGCUAUCAAGCUUAAGUUAUGAUCAGAUGGUAUUAAAUGCCACACCAUAAAAAAUACUUCCCAAAAAGUAUAUAGACCUAGAGAUUAAAUUUAUGAAUGUGUACAUUGUUUUAAAUUUAUACACUGUUUUAAAGAAAGAUUAGAUAAUUUGAAUAAUAUUCUAAUGUAAUCAACUCUAGCCCUUUACAACUGUAUUAUAACUUUAUUUAACUUUAGUAAAAGCCAAAAUUGAUAGUUCUUAACAUGAUGUAUGGAAAUCAAAAUUAAAGAAUACAAAGUACCUUAAAAUUUUCAGCUCAAUACUAGUUCCUUCAAUAUUACUGCCAAACUUCUGUGAAAGAAGCCUUGUAAUAAAAACUAACAGAAACAUAUUAGAUGAUAUUUUUAAAGUUCACUUACCAUUUUUAACAAUGUAGAAAAAAAGGAAAGUCUGACUAUAAUACUUGAUGACACAGACAUGUUUAAGUAGAAAACACAGGAUAAAAAAAGUAACAUAUCACUGAAAAUAUUGCACAACUUCAGGUGUUUCCUCCAAAUUUGCUUUAUGUAAUUGGGUGGAUAUAAAUUAAUAAACAAAAACUUAAGCAAGAUACAUGUAACAAUUUAAAAGAACCUGAUAAUCUAAUUUCUCUCAGUUUUUCUCAAUCUCAUCUUUAAGUCUUUCCAUCAUGGGGCUCAUAAGAAAAUUAACCAACAUAUGUAUACUACAGUCUAGUGUCAAAUCUUUAAGAAGGUUUUAUGACAUACUGAAUUCCUCUACAAUGCAAUAAUGGAGAACCCUCAAGAUACUUGUGUUUUGUAUGUAGAAAAGUGUUAGAGUCAAAUAGUCAACUCAAUAUAAAAUAAACAUUUCUGAUUUGUUAGACUGA